AUGUCACUACAGAUGAUAACAGUUGGUAAUAACAUAGCCUUAAUUCAACCAGGCUUCUCACUGAUGAACUUUGAUGGGCAGGUUUUCUUCUUCGGCCAAAAAGGCUGGCCCAAAAGGUCCUGCCCCACUGGAGUUUUCCAUUUCGACAUAAAGCAUAACCACCUCAAACUGAAGCCUACAGCUUUCUCUAAGGAUUCUUGCUACCUUCCUCCUCUUCGCUACCCAGCCACUUGCACAUUCAAAGGCAGCUUAGAGUCUGAAAAGCAUCAAUAUAUCAUCCAUGGAGGGAAAACACCAAACAAUGAGCUUUCAGAUAAGAUUUAUGUCAUGUCUGUCAUUUGCAAGAACAACAAAAAAGUUACCUUUCGCUGCACGGAGAGGGACUUGGUAGGAGAUGUUCCUGAAGCCAGAUAUGGUCAUUCCAUUGAUGUGGUGUAUAGUCGAGGGAAAAGUAUGGGUGUUCUCUUUGGAGGACGGUCAUACAUUCCUUCUGCCCAAAGAACCACAGAAAAAUGGAAUAGCGUAGCUGACUGCCUGCCCCGUGUUUUCUUGGUGGAUUUUGACUUUGGGUGCUCUACAUCGUACAUUCUUCCAGAGCUUCAGGAUGGGCUAUCUUUUCAUGUCUCCAUUGCCAGAAAUGAUACCAUUUAUAUUUUAGGAGGACAUUCACUUGCCAAUAACAUCCGCCCUGCCAACCUGUACAGAAUAAGGGUUGAUCUCCCCCUGGGUAGCCCAGCAGUGAAUUGCUCAGUCUUGCCGGGAGGAAUCUCUGUCUCGAGCGCAAUCCUGACUCAAAUAAAUGAUGAUGAAUUUGUUAUUGUUGGUGGCUAUCAGUUUGAAAAUCAAAAAAGAAUGGUCUGCAACAUUGUCUCUUUUGAGGACAACAAGAUAGAAAUUCGUGAGAUGGAGACCCCAGAUUGGACCCCAGAUAUUAAGCACAGCAAGAUAUGGUUUGGAAGCAACAUGGGAAAUGGAACCGUUUUCCUCGGCAUACCGGGAGACAAUAAACAGGCUCUUUCAGAAGCAUUCUAUUUCUACAUGUUGAAAUGUGCUGAAGACGAUGUGAAUGAAGAUCAGAAAACAUUCACAAACAGUCAGACAUCAACAGAAGACCCAGGGGACUCCACUCCCUUUGAAGACUCAGAAGAAUUUUGUUUCAGUGCAGAAGCAAAUAGUUUUGAUGGUGAUGAUGAAUUUGACACCUAUAAUGAAGAUGAUGAAGAAGAUGAGUCUGAGACGGGCUACUGGAUUACAUGCUGCCCUACUUGUGAUGUAGAUAUCAACACUUGGGUACCAUUCUAUUCAACUGAGCUCAACAAACCUGCCAUGAUCCUCUGCUCUCAUGGAGAUGGGCACUGGGUCCAUGCCCAGUGCAUGGAUCUGGCAGAACGCACGCUCAUCCAUCUAUCAGAAGGAAGCAACAAGUAUUACUGCAAUGAGCACGUGGAGAUAGCGAGAGCACUGCAAACCCCCAAAAAAGUCCUACCCUUAAAAAAGCCCCCACUGAAACCCCUCCACAAAAAAGGUUCUGGGAAAAUUUUGACUCCUGCCAAGAAAUCCUUUCUUAGAAGGUUGUUUGAUUAG